AUGUCAGUCGCUGAGUCCUUUCUACGCGGUGGAACCCCCAGUACUUCAAUUCAGACUUUCCAACGUGACCUAAGCACUACGUAUAGUGCUUGGUGUUGGACCCUUGUUUAUCCCCGGCGUUGGCAUUUGGAUACAAACACAAAUACUAUCGCUGCUCCCGUAUUUCAUUUUCUGUUCGGACAGCCUGCUGUGGUAGCUUCGUCCUCGCCUGAUGACGCCAAGAUAGCUGAGGCGUCUUCAUGGCAUUUGCUGUAUGCUACCGUACAGGAAAAAUCUAGUAGUGAGAGGGUGGCUCAGCCCUUCAAGGAGGUUUGGAGCACGCUACCGAGUGGGUUACGGGCCUCCAUCACAUCCUUUGCGCUCGUGGCAGUUUUGAAGGGCCAUACUCACGAGAGACUAAACCUCUUUUGUCAGGAUCAGUGGGAGCGUGUCGCAAUGGGGGUGCGUGACGAAGUGAUGCAAUCUGUGGGAGUCGACGUCCGCAAAAAUUUUGUAGCAGCUGUAUUUAAAGACAACAGGUUACUUUGGCAGAUGACAUCCCCGGAGGCGCCUGCCAGCUUAGGUACGACUUCACUACCAGAGGGAGGUCCCUCAUGGUUACCCUUCAUGACUGGAGGCUUGUUGAACUCUGGUGUAUUUGAAAAAUUUACUGAGCUUCUGGACCAGGUGACUAGAUGGUUAGAGACGAAGAGUAAUCUAUCUGCCGAAGCGCGUGACGUUUCCAUUCCAGCACAGGGAAGAUAUCGACCAUUACUUGAGCUGGUUUCCCACAUCAACCCAAUUUUGUAUCGGACGCGUUUCAUGGAGCCGGGGAAUGUUGAAAAGAUGUUACCUUCGGCGACCGACCCUACAUGCCCUCAACGCACUCCAGCGGUCCCAGAUCCUGAGGACCUGACGGGGAUCGAGAAGCUCAAGGCGCAGCGAGACGCAAAUUGGAAGGCCUUAAAGUUGACCAAAGGGGAGGGUACUUCCUUCUCGGUCCCCGAGCUGUCGUCUGAAUCUGUAGGGACCACUGAGAACACGUCUAAAGACGAAAUGACGGCAGUGGCUGAGUGCGAUACGGGGUGCGCUGGUGCCAACACACGACCAUUCCGGCACGUUUUUCUGUUGCAGAGGCCUCCAAAAGGGAAGCAAACGCCUGAAAAUGAUUAUCGGGAGGUAGGCCCUGUCAAACCACAGCCCAUUGGUGCAGAGUUUCACCUCUAUCAAGAUAUCGGCGAUGUGUUUUACGUUGUUGAUGAAUUCAACAAUAAUGGGCUGAUGGAUUUUAACUGCGACAACUAUUUGCCAGAGGAGGGGGAGGUUCUGGUGCAGCUCGGGCCUAUAGAAGGGGUACCAUUUGACGAUAUUGACUUUCUUUUGGAUUUCCAGGAUUCUAUCUCAUCGGUUCAGGGCUAUCACAAUAAAGAGUUGCUGAAACAUCAACACGUGCAAUGUGAGGGAUCUUGUAGCGAUUUAGUCUUUCCUCGUGUUGUUCACCGUUUACCCACCAACCAGACAACUAAGUUGAAUCCUAUCGCAAGGAACCAGUUGCUAGUAGGGGAGAACAGCCCUACAAUUGAGAUGCUGCUCGCGGCGACUGCCACACUGAAUUUUUUCGUCAAUAAUAUUGUUGACCUCCACGCGCGCUACGGUUGGAAGGUUGGCGUGGGUGAAAGCGGCUACACCGUAGCCGGAAUUCCACCGUUGGCAUUGCCGCCUGCGUUGCUGCAUCCGCUUAGACGUUGCGCAUCUUGUGGCCGGCGCCGAGAAAAACUACUCCGCUGUAGUGGGUGUAAAGUGAUAUGGUACUGCAGCCAAAAGCACCAGGCGUUAGAAUGGAAGAGUGGAAAGCACAAGGUGGAAUGUGCGCUGUGGCGGAAAAAUAGGGAGGACGCCGCACGAAACUUUCAGUCACAGCUGACUGCGGCGAGGCUGCACGAGACAGAAGGUCGGAUAAUGCGCACGGCUGGAUGGUCCUGCGCGGUAGCUACCCUUGAAUACCUUUCUUCGAAGGCAGACUUAUUUAUUAGUGAUGAGGGAAAGAAUCCAAAUCAAAUAACUCCGCCUCUAUUGUUGGAGCCACUUUAUGUUCACGUUAUUGGUGUCGAAACAGCAUGGGUAAAGGACUUUGUACAGGUCAUGGGCUCGAGCGCAGGAAGCUUUCUUUCGCCGUUCUUUGGUUUCAAACAACGGCAGUUACGUCUUGUGGUUUUCACAAAUUCAUCCACUUCCGUUCCGGACAAGUCACUUCACAACAGCGUGUUUGCCGUGCCUUCCCUGAAGGCAGUGGAGGCAAUGACGAUCGAAGGGGAUACGGUGGCCGUCGUCGAUGGAGUAGCUAAUCCUCUCAAAGAUACUUCGAAAAGUGGAGAAGCGGUUUUGGUGGCGCCCACCUACGUAGUUGGGGACGUGUGGCAUGUUGAGGGUGGGGAGUCUUCAGCGUUAGCACGGGAGGCCGCAAUGCUGAUUCGUAUCUGCGACUGCAAAUACCAUUCACAUCAAUUGGUGGAGGGCGUAACAAACAGCUCGCCUGCCCCCAACCCCCCCGGGGCAGCAGGGUGCCAGUCGGAGGCCGUAAUCAGUUUCGGACCUUCUAAUGGAGAGGGUUUGAACUUCUUCAGCGGAACCUUGGAGGUCUGUGCGAGGUCGAAGGUGGGUCACGUACCGAUACGCUUCCUGGAAAGUUCCUUGGUGGGGGCCUACCACACUGCACAGGCGUUAUUGGCUCGACUGGACGCGCGUGAGGAUAAGCCUGGUACCUGUGCGCUUAACAUGCUCAAGACGGGUAUGCUUAACAUUAGCCCGAAAGAAGAUAACAGGGAGGAGCGGGGUCUUUUUCGUUUGAACAAACAUAGUGUUUGCUUCGAUCUGCCUUUUCUGUCGGGGUAUCAUGGUAAGGCAGCAGUUGAUGAAGCAGUGGAGUUGAUUUUGAUCAAUUCCUACUAUUUCGAUGUUCCUACCUUCUAG